GAGGGGGCUGGGAAAACACAGUUGCUCUGAUGCUCUUCCUGGCCUGGUGUCGGCUGGUGGCUGAAGGGGCUGAUCCGGGGUCAAGGGGCUUCGGCCCCCCAGAAACUGAGUGACUCUGUUCCCCUUCCCCGACCUACUGCUGGAGCUGUGGUCGCUUGGCCCCUCGGCUGGGCUGUGGGGAAUGGGGAUCAUUGGCCCUGGGAGACCCUCUGCCGUCUCCUCACACCAUGCCCCCCAUUCCUCUCUUCCCCCCACUCCUCCUCUCCCCAGGCUGGGACCUCCUUCCCUCAUCACUGCUGGGAGCCAUGACUGCCCCGGACUCCUGGGUCCCCUUCCGGCUGCUCCGCCAGCUCAGCCUCUACCUGCUGGCCAUCAUGACCUUCUCCUUCCUCAUCCACCUAUGCAGCUGGUUCCCCACUGCAAGGGAGAGGCUCCCCUCCCCAAAUGCCAUGGACAGGUCCCCAUCCCCCUCCAAAGCCUCCACCACAGAGCGGGGCAUGUGGACCGUGAACUCCAUCGGGCGCCUGGGGAACCAGAUGGGGGAAUACGCCACCCUCUACGCCCUGGCCAAGAUGAACGGGCGCCAGGCCUACAUCCUCCCACAGAUGCACCAGCAGCUGGCGCCGCUCUUCCGCAUCACCCUGCCCGUGCUGUCCAGAGACGUGGUCCAGAACAUCCCGUGGAAGGACUACGGGCUUCACGACUGGAUGUCGGAGGAGUACAGGCACAUCAAGGGGAAAUACGUCCGGCUGACGGGCUACCCCUGCUCCUGGACCUUCUACCACCACCUCCGGCAGGAGAUCCUCCAGGAAUUCUCCUUCCACGACCACGUCAAGGAGGAGGCCAACCGAUACCUGGCCGGGCUGCGUGGGCAGCGUCGGAAUGUGACCUACGUGGGUGUGCACGUCCGGAGGGGGGACUACGUCCGGGUGAUGCCCCAGAUCUGGAAGGGGGUAGUGGCGGACAAGGCCUACCUGGAGAAGGCCAUGGGCUACUUCCGGGCCAAGUACCAGGAGCCGGUCUUUGUGGUGACCAGCAACGGGAUGGACUGGUGCCGGGAAAACAUCGACGCCUCGCGGGGGGAUGUGUAUUUCUCAGGGGACGGGGAGGAGUCGUCACCGGGGAGGGACUUUGCUCUCUUGGCCCAUUGCAACCACACAAUCAUGACCAUCGGGACCUUCGGCAUUUGGCUCGGCUACCUGGUCGGCGGGGAGACCAUCUACUUGGCCAACUACACCCUCCCCGAUUCCCCCUUCCUCCAGGUCUUCAAGCCUGAGGCCGCCUUCCUGCCCGAGUGGAUCGGAAUCAACGCCGAUCUCUCCCCGCUGCUGGGUGAGACAUAGGGACAGAAAGGAUCCAGCCU